AUGUUCAAAUACUGUAAUUUGCCUUUUUUACACUCAAGGCAGUUAAGUACCUCAGCAGUGGUGCGAGAAAAAUGGGACCUUGUAACAGCAGUGUGUCUCGAACGAAAACCAGUAAUCACAAAACCUCUCACAAAAAUCGAAGAGGAUUAUAAAACCAUGCAGUCACGAAUUGAGUUUGAGCGAAGCUUGAAAUCCGAUCAUGAGAUACGACAUGAAAAAGAACAGAAGCAGUUGGAACAGUUAAAGAAAGGUGUGGACAUAGACGUGCAUUUGAAAGACACUGCGCAAGAUUUAGUUGAUGUUGGUGCCGAGGAGUUUGCCAAAUUUAAAUUUGCAAAUCGAGUAACAGAAGCUGACUCCAGGAACGAUUUGAAGUCACUUAACCGAAAACUAGACAAACAUCUUGUCCUAGUCACAAAACAGAAAGUGGGUAAAGAUAAUUUGUAUCUUCUACCACAAGCUUUGCGACAGGAUGGAGAAACUUUGCGUCAGGCUGCGGAACGAAUUCUGAAAGACACUUGUGGUAGCAACCUUAAAGCUAUGAUCUAUGGCAAUGCCCCAUCGGCUUUUUAUAAAUAUAAGUAUCCAUGCACUGCAAGGAAAGAUGACGUGGUUGGAGCCAAGAUUUUUAUUUACUUCGCGCGAUAUGACAAGGGACAAUUAGAAGGUAAACAAGUUGAUUACAAAUGGUUGGAUAGAGAAGAACUUGGGAAAAGCUUGCCCAGUGAAUACGCAAGAAGUGUUGCACAAAUGCUUAUUGAUGAGUGAUGUUUGUUGGUAAUUAAAUAAAGAAAUUUUGUAGA